AUGGCUGACGGAACAGACAUGGAGGAGUGGAUGGUCAGUUCCAACGAGGCGCUCAGCAUCUCCCUCGUUGCGCCCACAAAGUCUGGCCUACAAAACAUCACGACUUUCAGCCCAAGAUUCACAUACUCGAUAUUUGGCGAGGAUGAGCAGAUCUUCGGCUACAAGGGCCUCAAGAUCAGCUUGCGGUAUCGCGCAAAUGACAUGCGCCCACACCUCAAGAUCUCCUCAGCCAAGAAGAUCAAGCCUUAUGGUGACAGCGAAGCGGAUGACGUGCUCGCGAUUUUGACGGAAGGCAAUUAUCUACCGAAGAUUGCCUACUCCAGAGAAUCGGAUUUCGAGGAAAGUUCAAAGCAGGUUGUAGACGACUUUACACCGCCCGGCGAGCUUCACGAUACAUUCGAUGGCCCUGAUGGCCAUUACGAAGUGUGGAAGGGGAGUCUCGCGGACCCUGCUGUGAAGCAGCUCAACACGCGGGUGCAGAUGCUCGUGCCUCUGUUCAUCGAAGGGGGCACUUAUAUUGGUCAGAACGACGAACCGGAGAGCACGGUAGACGAGACCAGUGAUGCGGACCGAUGGACAUUGUUCUCGUUGUAUCGCAAGGACGAGUCUGGCUAUGUCUUUGUAGGCUAUUCGACUGUCUACAGAUUCUACUGGUUCCAGAACCCUACACCCCCUGCUUCGCCACGGGAUGGCUGGGAACUGCCAGAGGGCAGCCUGGAUCUUGCCGAACUGCCCUGCCGCAAGAGGCUAUCCCAGUUCAUCAUUCUGCCUCCUUUCCAAGGAAAGGGGCACGGUGCGCAAUUGUACAAGACGAUCUUCGCGCACUACCACAAGCAGCCGCAAACACAAGAAUUCACCGUGGAGGACCCGAAUGAAGCGUUCGACGACUUGCGAGACAUUUGCGACCUGGAAUUUCUCAACAGCAUGCCUGAAUUCAGGGCGCUCAAACUAGACACGAGCGUCGAGCUUCCCGAGGAAGGACCUCUACCAGACCUGAUCGUUGGUCAGAAGAACUUGGAAAACAUCCGCCAAAAGGCCAAGAUUGCACCGAGGCAGUUCUACCGUGCCGUCGAAAUGUACCUCAUGUCACAACUGCCCGCCUCGGUCCGUCCCACAAUGGAUCUCGAAGCCGACAUCCCCUCCCCCACCAAGGAGGACAAACACCAGGAGUUGCUCUGGCAGCUUGUCGCCAAGCAGCGCCUCUACCGGCACAACAAAGAUGCUCUCUCGCAGAUGGAGGUCGACGAGCGCAAGGAGAAGCUCGCAGAGGUGCUGAUUGGCGUGGAGCUCGGCAACGCGCGUAUCCUGGCCGCUUAUGAGAAGGCGAUGGAACGCUCGAAGGGUGCUGCUGAUGGCAAGAGGAAGCUCGAGGGUGCCGAACAGAGUGCGAGUAAGAAGCCCAAAACCUAA